UUUACAUCAUUACAGGUGGAGAGUGCCAGCUCCCCAAUGCAGGUAGAUAGUCAUCAUAUUGGAGUAGAAACCUGUACUAUUGGUGUUUCCACAGAGCCUGAUUGUCUGGGACCAUGUGAACCAGGAACCAGUGUAAAUCUGGAGGGAAUUGUCUGGCAUGAAACAGAAAAUGGUAAGUAUUGUCUGAAUCAGUCUGAAUUAUUGAUUCCGCUUCUUUCUUGCCAAAUUGUCUGGUUGUAG